CAAUUAUAGUCACGUUAGUAACACUGGUAAUACGGUUGUCAAUUUUGAAAAUUCAAUCAGUUUUGUGAAUUUAGUUUUGUCGUGGAAUUUUAAGUUAUGGGGUUUGCGCAUAAUAUCUCACCAAUUGUAAAAUGAAGUGUUAACUCAAUAUGUAUUUCAGUUAAGAAAUCAUUAGAAAACUUAUAUUUAGGGACACAGCCGAGGGAACCUAUAAAAUGGAAGAGCCUAUUUUGCGAUACGAGAAAAUAGACUUUUUGGGAGAAGGACAGUUUGCAACGGUAUACAAAGCGAAAGAUGUGAAGACAGAUAAAAUAGUGGCAGUGAAGAAGAUCAAAAUAGGUUCUCGCCUAGAGGCUCAGGAUGGCAUUAACAGAACAGCACUCAGGGAAAUCAAACUGUUGCAAGAAUUACAACACAUUAACUUGAUUGGACUAUUAGAUGUUUUUGGACAGAAAUCAAAUGUUUCAUUGGUGUUUGACUUUAUGGAUACUGACUUGGAGAUUAUAAUUAAGGACAACACUAUUGUACUUACUCCUGCUAAUGUUAAGGCUUACAUGAUUAUGACAUUAAAAGGCUUAGAAUAUUUACAUCAGAACUGGAUAUUGCACAGAGAUUUGAAACCAAACAAUUUACUUAUAAACAGAGAAGGUAUUUUAAAGAUUGGUGAUUUUGGCUUGGCUAAAGCAUUUGGUUCUCCCACAAGAAUUAACACCCAUCAAGUUGUCACAAGAUGGUACAGGGCACCAGAGUUAUUGUUUGGGGCGAGGCAGUAUGGUACUGGAGUCGACAUGUGGGCCGUGGGAUGUAUAUUAGCAGAGUUAUUGUUGAGGGUGCCGUUCCUGCCUGGUGAGACAGAUCUGGAUCAGUUAUCACGAAUAUUCCAAGUGUUUGGCACUCCCACUGAAGAAAACUGGCCUGGUAUGAAAAGUCUUACGGAUUAUGUGCAGUUCAAACAGUUUCCCGCGCAACAGUUGCGGCACAUAUUUAGUGCUGCAUCUGACGACCUUAUUAUAUUGCUCGAGAGUCUAUUAUCCCUGUACCCGCCGAAACGUUGCGACUGCACACAGGCUCUGCAAAUGACGUACUUCAGUAACAAGCCGGCACCUACAGUGGGCUCAAAGCUGCCUAUGCCCUCGAAUAUUACUAAAAUGGAGGCAGAAAAACCAUCUCUAAAGAGAAAACUUUUAGACAAUAUUGAUGGAGGCUCACUAGCAAAACGUUUACAAUUCUGAUAAGAUAAUCACCCGAUUGAAAAAUGAAUACUGCCACAAUUUAGUACAAUGAUGACUGAUGACUGAAGUGCAAUUUGACAAUCGCUAGAUAUGUAUUUGUGAAAAUGUGAUUCCAGAGACGACCCAGCUUAUAUUUUAGUUUUAUCCAUUGAAAAUAUUUUUAUCAAGAAAUCGUUAACUCUUAAUAUGAAUUGACAGUGAUUGUAAUACGAAAAUAUUUUAUUAUUGUGAAUUAGAGUGAAGCAGGGCUUUGUUCAGUUUGACAGUCUACUAUUAUAAACAUUAAAAAUUAGUCGUAAUUAAUAGAUAUAAACUGAAUUUUGUAUAAGAGAAAAUAUAGAUUUGAUAUAAACAA